CUUCCGGUGCGCUUCGUUGUAAAAAUAUUUGGACUGGAUGACUUCCGUUGUGAGGCUUAGCGUCAUUCCCGUUUUGAGUUUGUUUGGCUAAGGAAUAUGGAGUCCGAGUAUCCAGGAGUUAAAGAGUUUGAGAGUGAAACCGUUUUUGAGUUGCGGGCCGAGUCGAGGGUUAGUCUGUGCUUUUCCACGCUGAAUCCUGUGCUGUUUCCGCCAGGAUCACUGCCAGACAGGAAUAUAGUAGAAAUUUUUGGACCUUACGGAACUGGGAAGACACUCUUGAUAACAAACUUAAUUGCGAAUUGUAUCUUGGACAGCGACUGCGGCGGUUGUGGAUGCGAGGCGGUUUUCAUCGAUUUGGAUCACCAUUUCAGUGUAAUACGCCUGUCUGAGGUACUGCGGAAAGUCUUCCUUAUCAGAGAUGUGGAUAAUGUUGAGGAACGCGUGGAAAAUUGCCUCCAAAGACUGCGCAUUUUCAAAUGUUUUGGUUUGAAUGAUUUCUCCAGGAUCCUGUACACUUUGGAAAUGGUUCUAUAUCAAAAUCAAAACAUCGGAAUUCUCUUUAUUGACAGUAUUUCGUCCUUUUACUGGCAUGUUCGUUCGCUCGAUCAUUUUCCGGUGGUUAUUCGCGAUGAAAAUCCCGUUUUCACUAAGAUAGCCGGUAUGAUAUCCCGGAUAUCGAAAGAGCACCAGGUGUCGUUUGUUAUUUCAUGCCAGGCACUUCUCCAACAACCGAUGAGUGGCAGCCAUUUUAUGGGAAGAUUAUGGCAGAAACUACCCACCGUUCGACUUGUAACCGGAGAUUUGCUGGUUUCCAAUAAACGCGAACUGAAACUGGAAAUUCGAGGGAGCCAGUCCGAACUACUGCCAGAUACGGAAAAGAAUUUCGAAAUGACGAUACAAAAGGAUGGCAUUUUCAUUGAAAAUGUUUCUUAACAGUACCCUUUUGAGGAAGGGAAGAAUGUUGUUAGUGGUAAACAACCAAAAACAAGGUGUCUUCUUUUUGCUGCCUUUUGGGUGUUUUAUACGGGUACACCACAUUAACGUUGUGCUUUAAAUUUCUUCGUGAAAUGAAUCUCAUAGCUUGUGUUAUUUAAUACGAAAGGUCGAAAGUUAUUUGAACAAAACUGUUUUACAAAACAACUCGCUACACUCCAACAAGACAACAGUUAAUCAUGAAUAAAAUAAUUACAGAUUCAAUUUCAGAAUUUUGCAGUUUACAGGCAAACAAGAUCCUGGUACAAAGGCAAUUCUUCGCUAUAGGCUACAAACUAAAACCAUA